CUGGAAGUGAAACUAUCUGCAGUCUCCAUUUUUAACGUCAACAGAGCAGAAGGAGGAAAACAGCAAGUCAAAGGCAGGUGUUACUAGUUUACUUCUCAGACUCCAGAAGAUGAAUGAUUUGGAGGAAGAGGAGGACGGAGCAAAGUCUCUGAUAUCCAGCUGUCUGUCUAUUAAGAGUGACCGGUCUAAACGUGAUCCUCUAAACUUCAGUAAUGGACCUGGACCCUCAGACACAAAAGAGAGGAAGAUGAGGGGUGUUUCUGUGGAGGAGCAGCUGUCCUACUGUUCUUUGUGUCAGGACGUCCUGAAGGAUCCAGUCUCUACCAGCUGUGGACACUGGUUCUGCAGACAGUGCAUCACCUCAUACUGGGACCAAUCUGCUUCAUCAGGAGAUUCCUCCUGUCCUCAGUGUGCAGAAAGAUCCAGAACAAGACCUGGACUGCAGACAGACAGUCAGACCAGCGCUGUACAAACAGAAAGUGGUCUGCAGGAGGUUUUAGAUGAACAUAAGAUCAGUCUGAGGAGGAGAUGUGAACAUGUGACUGAAGGAACUGAUGAAGCAGGAAGUGAAAUCCUCCUCAACAGGAUCUACACUGAGCUCUACAUCACAGAGGGACAGAGUGAAGAGGUUAAUACCCAACAUGAGAUGAGGCAGCUUGAAACAGCUUCCAAAAUGAAGACCCUCCAUGACACUCCAAUCAAGUGUAAUGACAUCUUUAAAGUCUUACCUGACCAACAGAAACACAUCAGAGUUGUUCUGACGAACGGUGUCGCUGGUGUUGGAAAAACCUUCGCAGUGCAGAAGUUCACUCUGGACUGGGCAGAGGGCUUGGAAAACCGAGAUGUCAGUCUGGUGAUUCUGCUUUCGUUCAGGGAGCUGAACUUGAUUAAAGAUGAGCAGUACAGUCUUCUCAUGCUGAUCCAUGUUUUCCAUCCAACAUUACAGAAGGUCACAGCAGAGAAGCUCGCUGUCUUUAAAGUUUUGUUCAUCUUUGAUGGUCUGGAUGAAAGCAGACUUUCACUGGACUUCAAGAACAGGAAGGUCGUGUCUGAUGUCACACAGAAGUCAUCAGUCAACGUGCUGUUGACAAACCUCUUUGAAGGGAAUCUGCUUCACUCGGCUCUCGUCUGGAUAACUUCGCGACCUGCAGCAGCCAAUCAGAUCCCUACUACAUGUGUUGACAGGGUAACAGAAGUACGAGGCUUCACUGAUGCCCAGAAGGAGGAGUACUUCAGGAGGAGAUUCGGUGACGAAGAGCUGGCCAGCAGAAUCAUUUCACACAUCAAGACAUCCAGGAGCCUCUACAUUAUGUGUCUCAUCCCAGUCUUCUGCUGGAUCACUGCUACAGUUAUGGAGCACAUGUUGACCACAUACCAGAGAGGAGAGCUGCCCAAGACCCUGACUGACCUAUACUCACACUUCCUGCUGGUUCAGACAAAGAGGAAGAAGCACAAGUAUAGUGAGGGACAUAAGACAAGUCCACAGAAGCUGACGGAGGCUGACAGGGAAGUUCUUCUGAAACUGGGGAGGCUGGCGUGUGAACAUCUGGAGAAAGGAAAUCUCAUCUUCUACCAGGAAGACCUGGAGCAGUGUGGUCUUGAUGUCACAGAGGCCUCGGUGUUAUCAGGAGUUUGUACAGAGAUCUUCAAGAGAGAGAAUGUGAUCUUCCAGAAAACAGUCUACUGCUUUGUUCAUCUGAGCGUUCAGGAGUUUCUGGCUGCAGUCUACAUGUACCACUGUUACACCAACAGAAACACAGAGGUACUGGAGGACUUCCUGGGAAAAGACUACGGACACAGCAAAUCAAAACCAAAGUCUUUCCUCAUGAAGAUUUCUAAGUAUUUCAGAAACAAUGAUAGCUAUGGCCCAUCUGGCAGCAAUCAUAAAUACCCAUCUCUGGAUGUCCUCCUGAUGGCAGCCAUGGAGAAAUCUCUUAAAAGUAAAAAUGGCCACCUGGACCUGUUUCUUCGCUUCUUUCAUGGCCUCUCUCUGGAGUCCAACCAGAGUCUCUUAGGAGGCCUGCUGGGUCGGACAGAGAACAGUCCAGAAAUCAUUCAGACAGUCAUCAACAACCUGAAGGAGAUGAACAGUGAGGAUAUCUCUCGUGACAGAAGCAUCAACAUCUUUCACUGUCUGAUGGAAAUGAAUGACCGCUCAGUACAUCAGGAGAUCCAAGAGUUCCUGAAGAUCGAGAACAGAUCAGUGAAGAAACUCUCUGUGUUCCAAUGCUCAGCUCUGGCCUACAUGCUGCAGAUGUCAGAGGAGGUUCUGGAUGAGUUGGACCUGAGAAAGUACAACACAUCACCUGAAGGACGACUGAGACUGAUCCCAGCUGUGAGGAACUGCAGAAAGGCUCAACUGUAUAACUGUGGACUCUCAGAGACUCAUUAUGAAGUUGUGGCCUCAGCUCUGAAGUCCAACCCCUCCCAUCUGAGAGAGCUGGAUGUGAGCUACAACAAGCUACAGGUUUCAGCAGUGAAGCUUCUGUGUGCUGGACUAGAGAGUUCAAAUUGUAGACUGGAGACUCUGAGAUUGUGGUGCUGCAGUUUGUCAGAGAUCAGCUGUGCUUCUCUGGCCUCAGCUCUGAAGUCCAACCCCUCCUAUCUGAGAGAGCUGGAUCUGAACUACAACAGCCUUCAGGUUUCAGAUGUAAAGCUGCUGUCUGAUCUUAAGGAGAGUCCACACUGUAGACUGGAGACUUUGAGAUGGAGGAGGUGAUCUCAGUAAGAAUGUGAGUGAACAUCCAUUGAAGUUUGUUGAGAGAAGAUAUAUCCUGAUGAUCCAUCUGGACCGUAGUCUGGAUCUAGAUUUUGUCAUCUUCACUCUUCACUUAACUCACUAUAAACUGAACAGUUGUCUCUGGAUUUUGCUUUUUCAGCACUUUACAGAUGUGUUAUACAUGAGCUGUUUGAUGCAGAAAAAGAUUUUAAAAACAGUUAUUAUAAAUCAGACUCUGACCCUGGGCCCAUAUUUCUCAAGAGUCUCAGAAUUGCACUGAGAGUUAACCAAGGACUAAAACCUACAAGUGAUUUCCUAAUCUGAGACGCUUGAUAAAUACAGGCCCAGAUAGGAAACAUGUUACAGAUUGGAUGUCCACAAAUUUCAUUGGGUUAAAUUCUGAAAGAAUUUAUUAUUGGUCCAGAAAACCUGCAUGCACAGGUCAAAUCAUAUCUUGCUUCUGUUGAUAACAACAUCAAGCCUGUGGUGAAACACUUUGUAUAUUUUGAUUCCAGUCGUAGUUUUGAUGAUCAUAUCAGCAGCUUGUCCAGUCCUGUUUUCACCAUUAAAACAUAUUAAAAUAAUAUAUAUAUAAAACUAUCACAGAACACUGCUGCUGUUAGACUUUGAACUAAAACCAGGAAAAGAGAUCAUAUCACUCCAUUUCUAUCAUCACUUAACUAGUUACCUGUUUGUUUUAGGAUUGAUUCAAUAGAUUUGAUUGAUUACUUUUAAAGGCUCUUCAUGACUCCAGAUUACAUUUCAGAUUUGCUCUGUGUGUAGCUAUUAAAAGUAUAGGUAUCUAGCUUUUAUAUGCAAAAAUAUGAUGUCAAAAUGAAUAGUUUAUAUCUCAUAAUGAUAUUUAACAAGUCAUUUGCAUUAGGCUGUAAGUAAACACUGGUAAGCAAAUCAGAUGGCUUUAACAAUAACUAUAUAAUGUAAACUUGCAGGUUAGAUCAUGUGAUUCAACUGUGUGAUCCAACCCUAUCCAAUCACAUCCUUUUUCUACAUUAGUGCAGCAUCUUGCAUGUAUUGUACAACACUGCACACAGUGAUAAUGAUGCAAACGGACUGUCGGCACAGCAUCAUUAAAAACAUGAAAUUUUUCAACUCCACUGUUGAACUCAUCUCCAGCUAAACCUCCUGUUGACUUGUGUGUCCUUAAAGCUAUUUUAAAUAUAUCUCUGCCAUCAGCAGUUUAAAACUAAUGAAUUGUUAAAUAAAUAAAGCCACCAUUUGCAUGAAUGCAGCUGUUUUUUCUAUAACUUGACACUGAGCAGUAGGAAAUGAUUUGGUGCUGAUUAUCAGCACAGAUAAAUAUGGGUCCUGGACUUUGCUGUCAGGGCUCUGGAUCAACCUGUUUGAGGAGCUCAGUCUGAUAAGUCAUUAUCUUCCUUUAAAUCACUUCUUCAAGCUCCUUUUUAUCCACUACCAUUUAUUUUUGUUUUGUAUGCUGUACAUCUUAAAUGUGAGUCUUAUGUGUGUUUUACUGGUCUAUUUUCUCCCUGUAUGUGUGUGUUAGUUUUGUGUAAAGCAUUCUGUAAUCUUGUUCUGUUUUGAAUAUCUGUGGAUCUGUUAGAUUUAUAAUAAUAAGAGAAACAUACACGCUAAGAAGAAAAAAGCAAUUCCAAGACAUAGUCCACACAUAGCACACAUCCUUCAUAAAGUACACAAAACUACUACACAGCAGCGUCCAGCUCCUGGAGUACAAAGAUUCAAUGUGAGAGAAGGCACAAUGUAGCCCAGAAAUACACACAAUACGAUACUUUCCACUGUGCAGCACUGACUACAUUACUGCUGUGAAUACUAGGAGUUUUUAUGUGCAACACAUACACACCUGCCCUCCUUGUGGUGCUGACUGGGAGGUGGACAUUAGGAUUCAGCCCUAAUGUCAGUGCUGCUGACCCUUUUUUUCAGGAAGUCUUCAGUCUCUCAGGUAUUCCUGUGUUUGUCCAGCAGAGGGAGACGUUGAUCUGAAUUUACUUCAACACUGUACUCAACACUCACAUGUUCUUUUAUUUAUCACAGCUCAGAGGAUUCAAAUAUACACAACGAGUCCCCAAAAACUAACAUUAGACCACAGUCCUCUUUACUCUGACCUUACCUUAUACUGAACCUGAAAAACUGAAACUAGACUUGCAAAUCCUCACUGAGACUAC